UUUUGAGUUUAACCAGUUUUCUUUUUGUUUCAUACGACGAUCGUCCCGCAUAUAUACACCACAUCAAUUUUGUCGGACCACAUUGCACUACUCUCUCAUUCGAUACACGGGAAUAGGAAGAGUGUAAUAUUAUUAAUAUACGGUGGUCAAGUGUGAUUGAAUUGCCAUUUGAUUGGCAAACGAUUUUGAAUAAGAAAACGGGAAACAAACACUCACAAUUCGAAAUUUCGUCACAUAAUAACCAAUAAAUAAUAAUAAUUAAUAGUUUCAUGUGCUUUUCCUUUGUCCAUCAAUUUUGAUGAUUUAUCAAUUGUUUCAAUUUAAAUUUAAAAGCCCGACGCAUUGCACCCGUGUUUAAUAUGACAGAGUAUGUUGUGUGUAUCUGAUAUAUGAUGGGCGCUUUUUUUCGUUAUUUUCUCGUGGCCAAUAGUUAAAUGUUGUGUUUGCUAUUAAUUAGUCAAUUGACAAUGCUUUAGCUCGCGUAUCCAUAUAGUGUUAAUCAAUAGUGUCACAAGAAAAAAAAAAACAAACAGCUACUCUAUCAUUUUAAUUAAGAUGCUGAGACCAAACAACAACAAAACUAUCAGCAGCAACAGCAACGCUUUACAACAUCAACUCAGUAUUGAGUAAUAGUAAGACCGACGAGAAGAGAAAAAACAAACCAACCACAUUACACAGCAACCAUAUGAUUUUGGUGAAUUGAUGACACCCAACAGGAGAGAAGUAAAGCCAUUUUUGCGAAAUAAAAAAUGUCGUUGAGCCGUGAUGUGCGCGUGCAGCGCAAGUCCAAACCAGUAAAGUGUAGUCGACAUUUUAAUCAAAAUGGAUUGGUUUCGGUUGGUGACCGAAUUUAUGCGAACAACACCGUCACAGAUCAGUGCAAUACCAGUUGGAUCCCAGCACGGUUGGUGCUUUACUUUUUAUCAUGGUCGGGGUUUCUUGUAUCAUUUAUGAUGCGCAAUGAUAUUAACAUCGCUCUUGUAUCCAUGAUUCGGGCCAAAAAUGAUACAAUUCUACAAUCAAGUGUAAAUGCAUCCAAUGCUAGUGAUACUAAAGUGCCAAUCACUAUGUACGGUGGUGAAUUCGAAUGGUCAUCAUCUGUACAGUCGGUGAUUUUGGGCUCGUUUUAUGCUUGUUACGUUUUAUCUCAGGUGGUUGGUGGCGUUGCUACUCAGUAUUUUGGUACAAAGAAUGUUUUUGGAUGGUCACAAUUUGUGACGGCCGCAUGUAGUUUAGGAAUACCAAUGGCAUCGUCUUAUCAUUAUAGUGCCUUGAUAUUGUUACGUUCAAUUCAAGGAUUUGCGUCAGGUUUAACAUGGCCCGCCAUGUAUGCCAUUGUCAGCUAUUGGAUUCCAGCAAAAGAGCGAAGCCGUUUUAUGUCAAGCUUUCAAGGAUUCAGCGUUGGCAUUGGCCUAACAUAUCCGCUGUGCGGUUUUAUCAUCAACUAUUGGGGUUGGCGUCUGGUAUUCUACACAAGCGGUACAAUUGGAAUGUCAUGGUGUUUAAUGUGGUAUUUAUUGGCAUUUAAUUCACCCGACGAGCAUCCACGUAUAUCAUGCCAUGAAUAUGAGUACAUUCAACGAAAUAUUGAUGACAGCAUUCGUGCCGGUCAAGGUAUGAACGUACCGUGGCGCAGUAUAUUCACAUCGUUGCCAGCCUGGUCGAUUGGCGUAACAACAUUUGGCCGUAUUUGGGUGCAUUAUACAUUUAUAAUGGGCGGUCCAGCAUAUAUGAAAAACAUUCUUGGUGUUAAUAUUCAAACGAAUGGCCUAUUGUCUGGUACACCAUUUUUAUGUUCGUACAUAUCGUCGGUGGUGUUCUGUUGGAUAGCCGAUUAUAUGAUGAAACGACAUGUCAUGUCAUUGACAAACAUUCGAAAAUUCUUUACAAUUUUAUCACAAGUAUUACCGGGUAUAUUGGCAUUGUUUAUUGGUUAUUGCACCGAUUUUUAUAUUAUACUUUUAAUUUGGUUUAUAUCUGUUACGUUGAUAACCGCAUCUUAUGCUGGUCCAAUGGCCAAUAUCGUCGAUAUUGCACCAAAUUUAGCCGGUCCAGUAUUAGCUUUUGCUCAAACGAUUCACAUGAGUGCCUCAUUUUUGAAUCCAGUCGUUCAAGGUUUUAUCGUUACCGAUACCACUGAUGUUGGUCAAUGGAAAUUGGCAUUCAUCACAAUGGCAGUGAUCGCUUGUACUACAUACAUUAUGUUUCAUGUGUAUGGAACAGCCGAAAUACAACCAUGGAAUUAUCCGCCAACAAAACUGUUACCUGACACCAAUGGUGCGAUCAAACCGAUGAUUGAAAAACCAACAACGAUUGCCACACAGAACAGUGUUCUUCUUGUUAAAUAGGUGUAAACAAUACCAUUUUCUUCAAUUGAUUUACAAUUUUUUUGUUUUGGGUCUUUUGUUUUUUCUAUCUAUAUCUAUAUCUAUAUAUUUCUAUUUUUGGUUCAAUGUAAUCAUUGACCACAAAUUCCAUUUUAUGUUUUUUUUUUUUUAAGUACACAAACACUACACUGACAUAACGAAAAAAAGACAUACUUUCAAAUUAAGCUAUAUAAUUGUAUAUUGGAAUUUAGUGAACAUUUUUCAAGUAUUUACGUUGCAAUUAGUUGUAGCGCAAAAAGAAAUAAGAUGUAAAAGAGAAAAAAACCAACAAACAUACAGAACAGUAUACACGUUUAUACAAAUAUAGUAUACAUUGAACAUUAAUUAUUGUUAUUAUCUCUCUCUCUUUAAUUCUAUUUUUCAUUUCAAUAAUGAGUGCAACAUAAUAUAAAUAUGUAUAAACAUUAAUAAUUGUAUCUAUAGUUUUUUUUUUUUUUAAUGCACGUAGAAUUCUUUAUGAUGAUUAUGAAUCUUUAUUCAGAGCAAUGGAUUGCAAAAUGACAAAUGUAUGGUCAACACUCAGAAAUUGUGCAUGAUUGCACCCGCUUGAUGAAGUUAAAAAAAAAAUAUAUAUGUAAUAGCAAAAAAUUAUAACGAAAUAGAUAGAUUGUGUAAUUAUCUUUGCCUAUAUAUUCAUAAAUCCUAUAAACAUUUUGCAACCUUCUUUCAUUCGUGCACUAUUGAAAAGCAAAUAAGAUUACAAUUUUCAAAGAAUGUCAAUUAUGAAUUGCGCCUCAAAAUUAAAACCCCCCGUUCGAAAUGUUUAAAGUUCAAAUAAAUGUCGGCAUAUGGUGAAUACCUUACUAGAACAAGAUUGAAUAAUGAAUAAGUUUGCACCGUAAAAUGAAUAUCAUGUACGAAAAUGUCAAUUUACAUUGACCGACAAACAAAAUGAAUUCUUGUUAAACAUUUUAAAAUAGCGAUGAUUUGCCACAAUUUCUGAGUGUAUUCCAUAAAACAGAUACAGAAAAGAAUAUAGUACAAUAGUUAGAUUUUUUUUUUCUCAUGCAAAUAACAUUUUGUAAAUAUAAAUUAGCUUGUGAAUACAACAAGCUUGUUUCCCUACAAUCAAAUGCAAAGCAAAAAACGAAUGAAACAAAAGAGAUCAACAUAUAUAAAUCUAUAAAGAAUCAGGUAAAGCAAUAUCAUCAUAAACGGUUCUGGUGUGUUUAGGAACAAAAUCAGGCAUAUUAUGAACGAAUUAGUGAAGUGUUAGAUAAGAAACAGUGAAUAAAAAUUAGUUAUAAGCGAGUACACAGUAUGGAGAGAUAAGUUCAUUCUAAGUAUUCGAGAUAAAUCCAAAGUUCAAAGUUAGCAUCGAUUUUGAGUCUUUGCACAAACAAAAAUGUUCAUUUAGUUUUUAAAUGAAAUGAUUCAUACUGUGUACGCGAUUUUAUUGAAUAAGCCAGAAAUUGUGAAACGAAUUAUGCAGGUAAAUUCGAUUUAAAUCGCUCGAUCAAACAUUCGAUUGGAUAAGAUUGUUGCUCAGCAAUAUAUUUAGUAAUUUAGGCGCUAUUGGCGCAAAAACCGUUCCGAUGAUUAAAUGACACAUAAAAAUAUUUUUACUAUUUCAUAAUCUCUUCUAUUAUACACAAUGUUUAAUUGAGUUAAUGACAGAAAAAAAGGAAUAAAGUUUAUUUUUUCAUA